UGAGUCCUUCUUCCACUUUCAGGAGUAGAAUCAAGCAGAAAAAUGGAGAAGAGUAAAAAGACAUAUAAGAAAUGUUCGAGAAUCGUACCAAACAUGAAGGUGGAGGAUCACAGUUCGAAAUCAUUUUGGAAUUACGUGUUUGAAUGUUUAGAGAGCGACGUUGCUAUUCCGUUGCACCGUCGCAUCGAACACCUGCAGGAUGUGUUCCCAGAGAAUAUCUUGAAGAAGGUAAUUAAUAUAUUGGGAUGCGAUAAGAACCAGGAGGAUCAGUCGAUGUUGAACGCAUCCUCGUCCCUCGAGACAAUAAUGCGUCGAAGUGUCAUGCUGGACGUGGCGAUUCAGAAAGAGCACGAUCCGCAAAUCAAUUUCCGCAAAACUUUGACUGGCCCCAAGAGCUACGCCGCUCUGGGAUCCAACAUGUACAUACGAUUCCUUACGGUCCCUGAAACGACUGCUGCCAGAUGGAGGCCGAUUCCGCCACGCACUUUCCACGGGAUGAAUCUGAACGAGAAGUGCGAGGCGUUAACUCUGGCUAUCGCCUCGGAGUUCGUGGAAUGGCUGAAGGGCUUAGGUGGCGAUGAAUCCACUAUCCUGGACGUACCCGUUAUACUCAGUUUGUUUGAGAUCGGUUUCAAUGCCCAUGCAGCCGACUCUCUCUGUGUCCGAAUUAAAGAGCUAAAUGCCGUCUCCAAAGCUGUCGCUAAUGCAAGAAACAUGCCAGAGGCGUCCUAUACAUCGAAACUGUACAAUCAAUUGUACAGAGACUUUAGUUCGGUUAAAAAGCAGGAAGAUAUGUUCGCGUUCGGAACAAUGUUACCACCUGAAAUGAGAUCGGCACCACAAAAGGACAACAUCGCGGUGAAGUGGCUGCAAAACACGCGCGUCCCAGAAAGGAUAGCCACAAUGGCGACAGUAUGGGAAGGAAUAGAAAAUCUGAGAUCAACGCUGGGCUAUUGUAAUUGGUUACUUGAGCAUCCGGAAAUCCAGCCACCGGAUUACUUGGUUCAAGCCGGCCUUUUGGAUAAAGUGUAUGAGAUUAGAGAGCACAGGUCUGCUUCUUACCAUUCGGAAGCGGGAUUCACAAUAUAAAUCCAACACAAAAAUUCUAACAAUAACUAAAUUGAAAUAAAUCAAAAUUCAUUUAAUAUCCGUUCCUUAAAUCCUAUU